CCCCCCCUCUCUCUCUCUACCUUUGCAGUCGAUAAAGAGUGAGGGAGAGCUCGGAGGGAGUAUCGAGGGUUUUGUUUUUAUAUUGGAAAAUUAAGAACAAAAAAUAGCGAGGUAAAGAUGGUGGAGGGAUCUGGGUUUCAGCUGGGCGUGGUUGGGUCGCUGGCUCUCUCAGUAGCAUCAUCAGUUGCUAUUGUUAUCUGCAACAAGGCGCUUAUGAGCUCCCUCGGCUUUCCUUUUGCGACGACCUUGACAAGUUGGCACUUGAUGGUGACAUUCUGCACUCUUCAUGUAGCACAGAGGCUGCAUUUUUUUGAGCCGAAAGCCAUUGACGGUCGCACGAUUGUCCUCUUUGGCUUCCUCAAUGGCACCUCCAUUGGCCUCCUCAACCUCAGUCUUGGCUUCAAUUCUAUUGGUUUCUACCAGAUGACAAAACUGGCCAUCAUUCCUUUCACUGUCAUGCUGGAAACAGUUUUCCUCAACAAGAAGUUCAGCCGGAGCAUAAAGAUAUCCCUUCUCAUCCUACUCCUUGGUGUUGGUAUUGCAUCCAUCACUGAUCUUAAGCUGAAUCUCCUGGGAUCCAUUCUGUCUCUCCUUGCAAUAGCAACAACAUGCGUUGGGCAAAUUAUGACAAACACAAUACAAAAGAAACUGAAGGUCUCAUCCACCCAGCUGCUGUACCAGUCCUCACCUUACCAAGCAGCUAUCCUAUUUGCUACCGGCCCUUUUGUAGACAAGUGCCUCACCAACAAGAAUGUUUUUUCCCACAGUUACUCUUCAGUAGUCGUGGGAUUCAUCAUAAUGUCUUGUUUGAUUGCUGUGUCAGUGAACUUCAGCACAUUCCUUGUUAUUGGGACUACUUCUCCUGUAACUUAUCAGGUGCUUGGCCAUCUGAAAACAUGCCUUGUUCUCUCCUUUGGCUACACCCUCCUCCAUGAUCCUUUCACGACAAGGAACAUCAUUGGAAUUCUUGUAGCCAUCUUUGGCAUGGCUCUCUACUCUUACUUUUGUGUCCACGAGAGCAAGAAGAAGCUGCUAGCCAACGCACUGCCUGUGUCACAGUCACAGAUGAAGGAUGAAGAGUUUCCACUUUUGGGAUCUAAUGACAAAGAGAACAAUGAGGCCAAGAAAGCUAAUGGGGUUCUCUCAGCCAACAAGAACUCUCUUGCCUGAACUUGUCUAAUUAGUUGAGCCUGGAAGCUUUGAAGCUUCAAUUUUACAUAAAUUCAUGUUAUUUUUUAUUGUUUGAUCCAAUGUAUAUGGUUUUGAUUCUUUGAAUAAUUAGCUACUGAAAUGUUACUUUGAAAAAAAAAAUAUAUUAAUUUUAGCUGCUUCAAUGCAGCCAUUUCUGCUUGGAUUA